CGUCACCGGACGUUCAUUUUACGGAAAAAACGUUUCUGAACACUCAAUUCGCGAAAAACACAUCACCAGACAUUCAUUUCGCGGAAAAAGCGUCUCCGGACGUUCAAUUCGCGAAAAAAAACAACACCAGACGUUCAAUUCGCGGAAAAAGCGUCUCUGAACGUUCAAUUCGCGGAAAAAACGUCACCAGACGUUCAUUUCGCGAAAAAAACGUCAUCAGACGUUCAAUUCGCAGAAAAAUGUCACCGGACGUUCAUUUCGCAGAAGAAAACAUCACCAGAU